GUUCGUCUGGAACUCUCGCCCAACCCGAAUAAAAAAAUCAACCCUGGAACUACCAAAACUGAUGGGGGGCACGGGACUGCCCUCCAUAGAGACAUAUUACCGCGCCGCUCACCUGCACAGACUGACGGACUGGCACGCACAACACCCAUCAAAACAAUGGGUGACCAUUGA